UGAACAAACUCAAUACCUCGAGCAAAUGACCAUCAACCCUCCACCCACCCACCCACCUUCACAACUAGUUAUGUCAUGUACGAAACAUGGUGGCCUAUGAUAAUCACAAAAAACCUCCCCACCAUUUUUACUUCAACUUUCUUAACACAUCUCUUUUCUUCAUGUCAGCACCAUCAAAUUAUGCCGUCGUCACCACCGCGGUUCUUAGAACCACAAAGCGAAACUGGUGGCUGCGCAUGGCAGCACAUACCCUAUUUGUCCUUUUCGGCCAAAUCGCCGCUACGCUACUUGGAAGACUAUACUACAACAAAGGAGGAAAAAGUGUUUGGUUGACCGCACUGGUCGAAACCAUUGGAUUCCCUAUCCUCAUUCCUUUUUAUCUCUACUUCACACCAUUAACAUAUCACCAAUCAACAGAUUUAAACACAUCAAACCCACCUUCCAUUUCAAUCCUAGCCGCGAUUUACAUCACGCUAGGAGCAUUACAGUCUGUAACGAGUAUUCUAUACUCGGUCGGACUAUUCUACCUCCCUCUUUCCACAUUUUCACUCAUUUGCACAACACAACUUGCGUUUAAUGCUUUCUUUGCCUUCUUUCUAAACGCACAGAAGUUAACCCCUUUGAUCGUCAACUCGCUAGUCCUUCUAACAAUUUCUACAGUUUUACUAGUUCUCCAAAGCAAAGAUGAAGAAAAUCAAGUGGGUGUGUCACGAAAAAAGUAUUUAAAGCUAGGGUUUGCAUGCAGUGUCGUUGCAUCUGCUCUUUAUUCAUUGGGUCUAUCCCUAACACAACUAGCCUUUCAAAAAGUGUUGAAAGGUGAAACUUUCACAAUGGUAUUGAACAUGAUUAUCUAUCAGUCAUUAGUUGCAUCGACUGUCACGAUCAUCGCGCUAUUUGUUAGCGGUCAAUGGGAUGAUUUGCAUGGAGACAUGGCGAAUUUUGAAUUGGGGAAGAUAAUGUACUUGAUUAUUAUAAUUUGCAUUGCGGUUUCGUGGCAGAUUGCUACGAUUGGUGGAGUUGGUUUAAUCUUUGAGGUGUCGUCUUUGUUUUCGAAUGUGAUCAAUACUUUGGCACUCCCGAUUAUCCCGAUACUAGCGGUGAUUAUUUUCCGCGAAAAGAUGAACGGGAUGAAGGUGAUCGCUACCGUGUUGGCUAUUUGGGGUUUUGCUUCGUAUGUGUAUCAACAUUAUCUUGAUGAGUCCGACAACAAAAAUGGAAUUGAAGGUGUAGAUGAAGUUUCACAAACAUAAUGAUAAUGUUUAUAGUCAAAAAUAACUAUUGUGAGUUGUCCUGCUUUUGUCACUUAAAUUUCAUGUGUAGGGUUGGGUUUGGUUCAAAGUGGGUUGGGGUUCAAUAAUGCCAUUUUUACAAUGGAUCUAAACUUGUAAGUUUUCUUUUUCUAACGGUGAAUAUAUUAAAAUUCAAAUA